AAUGGUGAACAAUAUGGAUCACGGUUUGCCCAAGUUUUCUCUUCUAGGUUAUGAUGAUUGGAAGAUCAUGAUGGAAGCACACCUCUACGCUCUACAUGACUGUAUGUGGAUGGUGCUUGAGGAUGGACCCUUGAAAAUCCAAAUGGAGAAUCCUGAGAGGAAUCCAGCAACUCCAGACGUAGUCCAGUACAUUCCAAAGCCCAAGGAAAAAUGGGAUGAUAGAGAUUGCAAAAAGCACAAUCUGGACAACGUCGCCAAAGCAGCCAUCUUCAAGACACUUGAUCCCAUCACCUUCUCCAAAAUCAAACAUCUCAAGACUGCCAUGGAGAUAUGGCAAGGUCUUGGGAAGCUAUGUGAGGGAUCAGAGGACUUGAGAAAGCAGAAGAUAGAAGUCCUGCUUGAGAAGUUCAAAGGCUUCAAAAUGCUUCCCGGAGAAUCAUUUGAUAUGUUGGAUGAAAGAUUCCACAAAAUCUUAAAUGAUCUUGCCUCACUUAACCAUGUUCUUUCUCCCAAAGAAAAGAAUGUAAGGUUACUGAGAUCACUUCCAAAAGAGUGGUACACCAAGGCCACAGCCAUGGAAGAAGGAAGAAACCUGGAGAACUACACUGUCCAAGGUCUUCUUGAUGAGCUCAGAACCUAUGAGCACGAGCUGAAGAAGAAGAAGGAAGAACAAGUCACUCCCUUCCCCACAGCACUGAUGACAACUCCUAGAGUCCCAACAAGUGAAGGGACAUGCCCAAGAAGCUGUGACACCCCUUCCCCCAGCCAGCCGUCCAGCUCAAAAAUGGAGAACUACGAUGAGGAAUUAGCCAUGAUGAUCAAGCAAUUCCGGAAGUUCAAAAAGUUCUUCAAGAAAGCUGACUCAAUCAGAAGGCCAUCCAAGGGAAAGCCACAGGUAAGUGACUCUCCUCCUGAAUCUUAUUUGUGUUAUAACUGCAGGAAGCCUGGCCACUGGAAGUCGGCAUGCCCGUACCCAAAGGUGGAGAAGUACGGAGAAAGAGAAAGAAACGAGAAGAAAAAGAAGGCAAUGGUAGCUGCUGAAAGUGAUGAGUCAUCCAGCUCAAGCUCGGAUGAAGAAGCCCUCGUCUGCAUGGAGCGCAGAGUUGAAAAGUCCAACCAAGAGGAUAAGUGGACUAUGUCAGAAGAUGACUCUCUCUGCCUAUUGGCCAAAGAUGAUGCUGAUCAAGAGGUAACUUCACAAACCUCCUGCUCAUCUUCUUAUGAAAGCAUACCAACUUCUGAAAAUCUUUUUGACCAGUUCAAAAAGAUGAUGGUAGAUUUUGAAGAAAUAAAUCUCAAACAUUCUUCCUUAACAGAGGAGAACAAACUAUUGAGUGAAGAGAAUCUCAAGUUGACUGAAGGUCGGAAAAGUCAACUGGAUGAGAUCACUCAACUCAAGACUGAAAAUGAAUCUCUCUCUGAAAAGGUGAAAUCCCUUAACAAGGAGCUAGGGAUACUUAAGUUGAAAGAAGUAGUGGAUAAGCUUCUUGAAAUGACCAAACAUAAGGGUCGUGAAGGACUUGGGUUUGACCCCUCCAGUUCCAAAAGGAAAGGGAGAACAACUUUCAUCCCUCCUAAACCUACUGCCAAACCAAAUAGGCAGAAAGGAAAGGAAAAAGGAGAAACCCACAGAAGUUCCCAAAAAGAUAGGAGUUUUCUGAGAAAUUCUGAGUGGAGAACUAUGCCAAGAUAUAGUCAUCCUCCACCCCAGAAAUUAUUUGUGCCACCUAAGUAUGCUUAUAACCGACACAGGCCACACUAUGCACAACCUAGACAAAACUAUAGGUCUUACCAACCUUGGUUUGCUAGGAGGAAACAGGAACCUGCACCUCCUGCACAUAGGAAGUUUUAUGCCUACAACUAUGAUUACAAUCCCAACAAGUUUAGAGCUGCAAGGAAAAUUCCCUGCAACUUCAAACUUGAUGAAGCCGCUAAGUACCCAGGUGUCUGGUACUUAGACAGUGGCUGCUCAAGACACAUGACGGGUGAUGCGAGCCUUUUGAGCAAUCUAAUUCCCUAUGAUGGUCCAAGAGUUACUUUUGGAGGAAGCAAUGAUUUUGGCCUUACUAAAGGGCUAGGAAAUCUGGUGUACAAGGAACUAACCAUCCAAGCUGUUUCUUAUGUAGAAGGUCUCAAUUAUAAUCUUCUUAGCAUAAGUCAGUUUUGUGAUAAAGGUUAUUCCUUGGAAUUCUGCAAGGACAUGGCAUCUCUCAAGAACAUCUCCACAAAUGAAGUGAUUCUCACUGGGAAGAGAAUCAGAAACAUCUAUGAAGUGAUGUGGGAUAAUGUCAAGGAAACAUGUCUAAUCAGCAAAGGUGACACUAACCUUCUAUGGCUUUGGCAUAAGAGGUUGAGUCAUCUCAACUUCAAAACUCUCAACAAGCUGUCCAAAGAAGGGUUAGUAGAAGGUCUUCCCAAAGCUAUAUUCAGGAAGGAAUGUAACACCCUAAUCCGUCCAGGUUUUAGAGGCUAUAUAUAUCACGAUUAUGGAAAGAAUAUCUCACAUUCUUACAUUAUGGAAGGAACUUCUCGAGCUCUUUCUUAUACCAUAAGAUUCAUUGGUCUACUUGGUAGUCAUGCUCUUGGUAGCAAUCCAAGGUUCAUGGCUACAGCGGUCGAUUUAGGACGGGAAUUGGUAAGACGAAAAAUUAGGCUUACCUACGGAGGAGGCAACGUUGGCCUUCAAGGAGCUGUAGCUUCAACAGUCUAUAAUAAUGGUGGUAGAGUUAGAGGUUUCAUACCAGGAUAUAUAGCAACACGACAGGUUUAUGGACCUACAUACGGUGUAGAGUACACCGUUUCCAGCAAUUACUAUAAGUAUUUCAAGAUGAAUCAUAUUGUGGAAGCCUUCAUCGUACUUCCUGGAGGGAUUGACACUAUGGAAGGUUUAUUCACUUUGAUCUCAUGGGCAUCCGAAGGUUUACACAGUAAACCCAUUGGUCUUUUGAACAUUGACGGUUAUUUCAAUAACCUAAUCAAGUUUCUAGAUGAUGCGCAUGAUCAUGAGGUUCUGGAUCUAUCAGAAAAGGAUGAAGAAGUCAAUGAAGGAGAUAGAAUGAAGCCUACGGAGUUCAUUCCAUUCAGAAGUCUGCCACUAAAGACUUCACGGAGAAAUCCGGAUUCAGACAGUGCUGAGCCUUCCGGAAAUGUUGGUCAGCCUUCCAAUAUUCCGGAUCUCUCAAACGGCGACAAUUCCGGAAAUGGCGACCCAGUGCCAAUCCAUCCGGAAAUACCAACAACCUCUGUUCUUCAACCAGAAGCUGAACUAGAUCAACCAGUCAAUCCUAAUCAACACAAUCUUCGUUGGUUAAGGGAUCAUCCUCCUCAACAGAUCAUUGGAGAUAUUCAAUCUGGUGUUCGCACAAGGAGUGCCCAACAGAAUCUAGAAGCUAUGCUUGCUUGUUUCAUCUCACAAGUGGAACCAAAGAAUAUUGAAGAAGCUCUAGCUGAUUCUGAUAUUUUGAAUGAUUACUGGGUAUGGCAAAAGAACCCAGAAGACCUGCAUAUGGAAUACCUGGCCAACACACCAGUUUCAGACUGUGAAGCAGAUGAUGAAGACACUGCUGUCUUCAAGCCAGUCUUCACUAGAGCCACAGAAGAACAAAUGGCUCUCACCUCUGAAGAAAUAGCUGUUUUGGAAACAACAGCUGAGGAUUUCCCUAUCUUUCCGGAAACCUCAACUGCGUUUGAAAUGGUUCUGACUGAAACUAUUCAAGAGAAGGCAGCCUCUCCCCCACAAGAGCAGAACCAGGAAGCAACUGAAGAAGAAGAAUUUCAGCGACUGAUCCAAUCUCAAGUGUUCGAGAUCCUCACUACUCCUUGUGAGAUCUCCAAUCAGACACAACUUGAGAUUCUGGAAAAGUCAGCAGCAAUUCCGGAACAGCCAGCUAUUCCAGAAACAAUAGAGCAAGCUGUUGAAGUGCAAAGGCAUUCUGAAGAAGCUGAAAAGGAAACUCAAAUGGCAGAAGUGGAGGUCUCUCAAACUCCAGCAGCCAUCUUUGAAGAACAGAAUGCACAUGAAGAAAGAGACUCCCUCUCUAGGGACAUAUCAAACUUUGCCCUUAAUGAAGCAAUAGGAAUAUCUGAAAGGACACUGAAGGUCACUGAUGAAGAAGAUGUACAAGAAGAUGCUGAAUCUCUUCCUUUGCAACUCUUCAAAAGGACAUCAUCUCCUCAUCAGGUAACCAAUUUUCAUUUCCAUAGCUCUUCAACCCCUACCCUUCCGGAUGAGAUACCGGAAAUCUGGACAAAGAAGGUCCAAGAGCUGAUUGAAUCAGCCCUAGCAUCUCAACAUGCCUCCUUUAGGCAAGAGAUAGAGCUAAUGGAAGCCAAACACACUCAGCUGAUAGAAAAAUCUGAAGAGAAACACAGCGCUAAUCUCAAGGAGAUAAGUAAAUCAGUAGAAAAGACUCUAGAGAUCAUCUCUCUAUUGAGUAAAACUGUGAGCAAUACGAUGGAAAUAUACACCUCUGACAGUCAACUGCAAUUCAAUGAAUUCAACAAAGUCAAGGAGCAAAUAGCAAAUGUCACAGUUGGUCUACAAAAACAGAUGUCCCUUCUCCAAAUGGACAUCAGAUCAGCCCUAGCAAUAGCUUCAGCAAAUCAGGUAGUAACCAAAGAUUACUUGAAGGUGAUCAUUGACAAUCAAAAGGAAGCACACAAGCUGUUCAGACUUAUUGGUGCACAUACUGGAAACCGCAAGAUGGAAGUAAUUCUCCAACAACACAAUCCAUCUCCAAUACCACAGCUCCCAAUUGCAGUCAACAAAGGAGAAGCAUCUUAUAUCCCUUCUCAUCUGAACAUUACAAAUUUAAUCCUUGAAGCACAGCAAAGAAAUCCGGAAAACUCGGCACAGCACCUAUCCAGCUCAGGACUGGAUGGAACAGAAUUCAUAGGUGCAGUUGCUGACCACUUCUCAGAUGCUACUCAAUCAGAAGAAAGACGUGAAAACUUCAAGCGCAUCAAAGAACUGUGUGGGAACAUACAGGGCAUCAGUGAGGUUGCCGGAUCUUCAAAACGCAAAAGGAACUGAAGGUUCUUUUCAUCAAACCAGGGGGAAAGUAUGUGAAAACACUGUUUUGUUUUGAUGAAAAACCUUCUUGUUUAAACAUUACUUGAUUGGUUUAAACAUUGUUCAUAAGUAUGCUUAUUAUACUUGAUUAUGCUUAUGACUUUCUGAAGCGCAUACAUUCAGGGGGAAUGUGAUUCAGGGGGGAACUUAACUAGUUUUUGGCUAACAAUUGUUUUUGGCUAUGAAUUAUUGAUGAGCUCUAAGCAAUGGAAGUCAGAUAUCUCAGUUUUGGUACUAAAAUUGGAAAUCUCCG